UACACGGAGGAGAGCGGAUAAACAUCUCUCUCUCUCUCUCUCUUGCUUCUCUCUUUCUGCGUCACGGACUCGCGAGCCAAGAGUCAAGCCCCCGGCGCACGCACACUCUCGGGUCUUCCAAAGUCUUUUUGGUCGUUUUCGUUUAAUCUUCUCAGCACUUUUUUCUAGGUCUCUUACCAUUUCUUCAUUUUGAUCGAUUCCUCUGGCUUGGGUUGUCCUUGGGAUUAAGAGAUGGACAACCAAAAUCAUAAGAAGAAUCAUAUAACUGGGGAGUGUCUUGGUGUUCACGUUUGUCAGCACUGUGGUUGGCCCUUCCCGAACCCUCAACCAAGCAAGAAACAGAGACGAUCUCACAAGAAGGUCUGCGGGACACUUGAAGGGUAUAAGCUAACCCACGCAGAACGCGAGACCCAUUUAGAUGUUGCCGGCGAAGACAAACUCUUAGAUGAAGAUGAUCACAAGUCCUCUGAGAAUUCAGAAGUGGAAGAGUUGAAAAACAAGGAGAAUGUGAAAAAUGUCAAUUCAGGUAUUAUUCAAGAACGAGAACAUCCAAUGCAGGUCAACCAACUACAGAAGCCCCAAGGUUUGGAAAGUUCAAUGGACAACUUGAAGAAUAAUAAACAGUUCCAGGAUGACACCUCAAGCUCUACCAUUUUCUCAGCUUUGGCUUCUUCUGAAAAGAAAACUGAAGCAUCAGCUGUUGAUGCAACUGAAGACAUAUCUAUGAUGCACUCUGGGCAAAGUUCUGAAGGACAGCUACAGGGAAAUAGUGAUGCACAUAUGGGAUUAUCACCUAGUGAGAUAGAUUCCAAGUUAGAACAAAUGAAUGAAUUUGCAGGAAUAACCACUGAUGUCAGUACAAGAAGAACGAAUAGACUUGUGGAAUCGAAGGAAACAAAGUCUAAUUUUUCAGAACCAGUCACAAUCCAGAUUGAUUCAUCCUCUAAUUCUUGUUCAGGUUUUAUGGAAGUUGUAGACAUUGAACAUACAGGUACUUUGACUAACAGAGAAAGUGAUGCUUCUGGGCAAGAAGUAGAUAUACUGUAUCCUGAUGACACUGAGAUUCUUCCAGAAAAGCCUACAGUUAUUCCUGAAUCAGGUGCAGAUGCCAUGGUUUCUCCAGCACACUGCAAAGUUGAUGAAGCAACCCAUGCUUUUAGCAGCAGUGAUGAACUUCCAGAGAAGGCUAGAAAUGACAGUUCCAAUUUAUCUGGGAAGUAUGUUGGUGAUGGAGUUGUAGAGAUACAAAAUGAACAAGAGACCCUUUCGACUGAAACUUUACAAAUGCCUGAUAUCCAAGCAGAAGAAGCCGACUUAAAAAGGACAUUAGCUGAAGAGAGCACCACAGAUCAUGAUAAAUGUGACUUGCAGUCUGAGUCUUUGAAAGAAAUAGCAGUUGCUUCCACAACAAAUGCUACAGAUGAGCUACUGAUCCUUGCUGCUGAAACUUUACCAGCAUCCUCCAAUGUCCAAGCACAAAAAGCCACCUUAAAUAAGGCAUUAGGUGAAGAGAGCACCACCAAGGACUUUGGGGAAGAUACAUCUGAGAUAAAGUCUCGGUCACUACCAGAUGGUGUGGACAACCUUCUCAAACAACAGCCCUGUGCAGUAGCAGCUGUACCAGAUGCCUCUGUUGAUUCAAUUAGCCAAACUGAUAGUGUGGAAGGCCACUGGGGCUCAGUUUCAGAUGGAACAUUUCCUUCCACUAGAGAUGCUAAUGAAGAACGAGCCAUCAUUGCUACUGAAACACUUGAUAUGGGAAUAAAGGACAAAGAUCGAAGAGCUAACUUGGAGACAGAAAAUGGUGCUUCUGAAAGAAACUGUUCUGAUCAAAGUGAUAUAUUUGAUGCACCUUCCUUCAUGACCUUGGUUGAACCUGGCAACAGAGAAAUUAAUCAACAGACUGUGUCAUCUGAAAUUCAGAUAGUUCAGAACACUCCACAGCCAAAUUGUUCACCUUUGCAAGCUGGGUGGUUUCCUUCACUUACUCAUGAUGUGAAAGAGUCCCCAGGGAGAAAGAAGAAUGAAGAGAUCAUUGCUAAAGUCAGUAACUGGAGCGCUGGGAAACCACAUACGCCUUUGAAGAGCCUUUUGGUUGAAGCAAACCUUGGAAGCAAGCCGAAGUCACCAAAUGCACUGGGGCAUCCACAAACAGUUGCCACCCCCAAACAUGAACCCUCUGCAGAAGACAAUAAUCUCCCUGCCAAGGCUUCCCCUUCGUUGAUGGCUCCUGAAGCAUCCACAGCUUUAGCUGUCAAAGGUAAUGAAAACAAAGAAUGGUAUAGUCCUGCAAGGCUUCCAGAGAAUAAGAAAGAGAAGAGGAAAGCCAGAAGGAGCUGGGUACCAUUUGUGUGCUGCAACUCUUUUAAUUUAUACCCAUGAUGAUACAGGGUAAUCAAUAUGCCCUCUUCCUCUUCAACUCAACUAGAUGAGGUAUAAACAACAACUUUAGAUGGAAAGUUUAUGGGAAUCCAACCUCGUAACUUUUCAAAUUGUGGAGGUUGGGUCCUUAUUUUGUAUAUUCUUGUGUGAAUGUAGCAGUUGUAGGUUUUAGGUCAAUCACAUAUAGCAGUUGGUCCUUUUCCAUUGAUUCCCUUGAUUUAUUGUAAAUCUUUAGGUUAAUUUUGUGUGCAUGAUAUUGUUAUUUAUCAUAGGGAUUUAUCUCUGGAUAUUGAUUCUUGCAAUGAAUUUUGUAGUCAAUAACAAAUGUCUAUAUAGGUUUGCAAUGA